CUUCUCAAUUGCCAUUCAACAUUUUAAAGCACAAGCCGCUCUGCCGUGAAAGCGCCUGAUCCACACUUCUCUGAAAGACACAGGAGGGAAUACACAAUUGCAGAUUUCACCCACUGUGGCGGUGCAGAUCACAGGAAACAACUGACUGAUACAAUUUUAUUUGCAAAUAGAACUCAGGUUUUUUUUUUGUGUGGUUUUUUUUUUUUUUUUUUUUUUUUUUUAAUCGCGUCGCGGCUCUUUUCCCCUCCCCUUUGCCAUUCCGCUUUAUAUGGAUGUAAUUCAGAAUCUGUGUUAAUUCACAUGGGGGAUCCAGUUACAUCUUGUUCCGCUCCGGGUAUAAUUACAAGAGACCAAUAAUCGCCUUUGGACACAUAGUUUUGUUGCUAACCUUUGAACUGAAAGGAUCAAGUUCAGAUCUGGUUACCUGCAUUGGGACGGGAAGGAAGAGGAGAGAGAGAGAGAGAGAGAGAGAGAGAGACUGCAAUCUCAUUUGUGAAUCGCUCUCUGUGCUGCAGAUCCAGAUUGCUAUAACACAUGCAGUGCAAAUGCAGGUAAGGCACACACACAAACUGCGGAUGCAAAAACAAACUUGGGACUGUUGUGUGUCUAUGUUCUUAUCUCCAGCCUUGCAAAUUCUGGGCAAACGGCUUCUGCAGUUUCUGUAUCGUUGCUUUGUGACUAAUGACCUUGCGCAGAGUUGUUAAAAAAAAAAUCCGCUCCGGAGAAAGAGCUGAACAUUUUAGGCGAUCUCUGAAGAUGGAUUUGGGUGCUUUUCUGCCAACCAAAGGGGAUAUUCUGUGGACUGCACUGUAAUACUCGGGGUUAUUCUCCUAUCAGCUGUGCAGCACCGACAUUAUUGGGAUUUUUUUUCUUUUUUACUUUUUUUAUUUUUUUUUUUUUUUUUUAAAGAACUGCCCAUUGCUAAGAGGAUUUGGAGUUUUCCCGGGCCAAGCCCUUUGAAUAAAGCGAAUCACAAUUUUUUCCCCUGUGUGUGCAGAGAGGGGGAAGAAUAAAGCUAAUGCCUUGGUCGUAAACGGCUGAGCGAGAGGGGGAGAGAGAGAGAGAGAAAGAGAGAAAAGAGAGAGAGUGUGUGAAUUGUAGUUAACUCUAGUGUUGAAGACGACGACCUGGGGGGCUUCGAAUCGUACAGUACUGCUCCUGCUUUUAUUGCAAACCUUGCAAAGUGAUUACAGUAAAAUCAGAGAGGAGGAGGAGAAGGGGGAGGAGGAGAAGGAAAAUCCCAUCCUAUCUACCGAGAUGAAUCUUUUAAAAGCAAAAUACACUGUCCCGUGAACUGUAAGUAUAUCGCAACUGGAAGGCAGGGAGAGUAGCAGAGAAGCCAGCAGCAGGGUUUUGACCACCAAUUGCACCAGUCAUGAGAAAAUAAGUUUCCAGAAAUAGAAGGAUUUUAUAAUUGAUCACCUGGACUCUCAGCCGGUCUGUUAGCUUAUCAGGGGAGUUUAUUGGGGAGCAGGUGUGAGUGAGAGGAGGGCGGGGGGUUCGGUACGAGGAAGAUGAGGAAGAUGCGGACCCUCCUUCGCUUUGUGCAUUGCUGCUGCUGCUGCUUCUUGCUCCUCCUGCCUCCGCCGCUCUGGGUCAGCCUGGCAGCGGCUAAGCAGCUCCUGAAGUACCGGCUGGCCGAGGAGGGACCCGCCGACAUCCGCAUCGGCAACGUGGCUUCCGACCUGGGGAUCGUGACGGGCUCCGGAGAGGUGACAUUCAGCCUGGAGUCGGGCUCCGACUAUCUCAAGAUCGAUAACAUGACCGGGGAGCUGAGCACCACAGAGCGGCGCAUCGACCGCGAAAAGCUGCCGCAGUGCCAGAUGAUCUUCGACGAGAACGAGUGCUUCUUGGACUUCGAGGUGUCGGUCAUCGGCCCCUCGCAGAGCUGGGUGGACCUCUUCGAGGGCCGAGUCAUCAUCCUGGACAUCAACGACAACACCCCCACCUUCCCUUCCCCCGUCCUCACUCUCACCGUGGAGGAGAACCGGCCCGUGGGGACCCUCUACCUGCUCCCCACCGCCACCGACAGGGACUUCGGCCGCAACGGCAUCGAGCGCUACGAGCUGCUGCAGGAGCCCGGCGGGGACGGCGGCCGGCGCGGCGGCGGGGGCGGCUCGGCCGGCGCGGCCCCCGAGAGCGCCCCCUUUGCCGGCGGCAGCAAGCGGCGGCAGGAGGCGGAGGCGGCGGCCCGCAGCAGCGUCUUCGAGCUGCAGGUGGCCGACACCCUGGACGGGGAGAAGCAACCGCAGCUGAUCGUCAAGGGGGCGCUGGACCGGGAGCAGCGGGACUCCUACGAACUCAGCCUCCGCGUGCGGGACGGCGGCGACCCGGCGCGGUCCUCGCAGGCCAUCCUGAGGGUGCUGAUCACCGACGUGAACGACAACAGCCCCCGCUUCGAGAAGAGCGUCUACGAGGCGGACCUGGCGGAGAACAGCAGCCCUGGGACCCCGAUCCUGCAGCUGCGAGCCACCGACCUGGACGUGGGAGUGAACGGGCAGAUCGAGUAUGUCUUCGGGGCGGCCACCGAGUCCGUCAGGCGCCUACUGCGGCUGGACGAGACCUCGGGCUGGCUCAGCGUCCUGCACCGCAUUGACCGGGAGGAGGUGAACCAGCUUCGCUUCACUGUCAUGGCCCGAGACCGGGGCCAGCCCCCCAAGACAGACAAGGCCACUGUCGUGCUGAACAUCCGGGAUGAAAAUGACAACGUGCCCACCAUUGACAUCCGGAAAAUCGGGCGCAUCCCACUCCGGGAUGGGGUGGCAAGCGUGGCCGAGGAUGUGCUGGUGGACACCCCUAUUGCCUUGGUACAGGUGUCAGACCGGGACCAAGGUGAAAAUGGUGUGGUGACCUGCACUGUGGUGGGCGAUGUGCCCUUCCAGCUCAAACCGGCCAGUGAGGGUGAAGGGGAGCCACAGAACAAGCGCAAGUAUUUUCUCCACACCUCGGCCCCUCUGGAUUAUGAAGCUGUCCGUGACUAUAAUGUGGUGAUUGUGGCUGUGGACUCAGGCAGCCCCAGCUUGUCCAGCAACAACUCCUUGCUGGUGCGGGUCGGGGACACUAAUGACAACCCUCCCAUGUUCAGCCAGGCCGUGCUGGAGGUCUCCUUUCCAGAGAACAACUUGCCUGGUGAGAGGGUGGCCACAGUUGUUGCCACAGAUGCGGACAGUGGCAAGAAUGCUGAGAUCACCUAUUCCUUGGAGGCCUCGCCCCUGUCCUCAGAGACACCGGGCAACAUCUUCAGCAUUGACCCUGACUCUGGGGAUGUGUCGGUGCAGGCAGUGCUGGACCGCGAGCAACGUGACACCUAUGAAUUUCAGGUGACGGCCCGGGACAAGGGGGUGCCAUCGCUGCAGGGCUCCACCACAGUGGUGGUACGAGUGUCAGACCGCAAUGACAAUGAGCCACGCUUCAUGCAGGAUGUGUUCACCUUCUAUGUGAAAGAAAACCUGCAGCCCAACAGCCCUGUGGGCAUGGUGACUGUGAUGGACUUUGACAAGGGCCGCAAUGCCGAGCUCAGCCUCUCCAUCCAGCCUGGAGACCAUGACCAGGCAGCUGGCAUCUUCUCCAUAGAGAAUGACACUGGAACCAUUUUCUCCACUGUCUCUUUUGACCGUGAGCAGCAGACCAGCUACACCUUUAAGGUGAAGGCAGUGGAUGGGGGUGAGCCACCACGCUCUGCCACAGCCACCGUGUCUCUCUUUGUGAUGGAUGAGAACGACAAUGCACCCACUGUCACCUUCCCCAGCAACAGCUCCUACACCGUGCUGCCACCCUCCAGCAACAUGCGCACCGUGGUCGCCACAGUGGUCGCCACUGAUGCUGACACCGGUCUCAACGCUGACCUCAACUACAGCAUUGUUGGGGGCAACCCCUUCAAACUCUUUGAAAUUGACCCGGCCAGUGGUGUGGUGUCGCUGGUGGGAAAGUUGGCCCCCAAGCACUAUGGCCUGCACCGCCUGGUUGUGCAGGUGAAUGACAGUGGGCAGCCACCCCAGUCCACUACUGCCCUGCUCCAUGUCUUUGUCAAUGAGAGCCUGUCCAAUGCCACUGUGGUGGAGAGCCAGGUGGCCCGCAGCCUUCACAUCCCACUGGCCCAGGAUAUUGCUGGUGACCCCAGCUAUGAGCUGAGCAAGCAGAGACUUAGCAUAGUCAUUGGUGUCGUAGCUGGCAUCAUGACCGUCAUCCUUCUUAUCCUGGUGGUGGUCAUGGCCCGCUACUGCCGAUCCAAGGGCAAGCAUGGCUAUGAGGCCGGAAAGAAGGACCACGAGGAUUUCUUCACCCCCCAGCAGCAUGACAAGGCCAAGAAGCCCAAGAAGGACAAGAAAGGCAAGAAGGGCAAGCAGCCCCUCUAUAGCAGCAUUGUUACCGUUGAGGCUUCCAAGCCCAAUGGGCAGCGCUACGACAGCGUCAACGAGAAGCUCUCGGACAGCCCCGGCAUGGGCAGAUAUCGCUCUGUCAAUGGUGGCCCAGGCAGCCCCGACCUGGCCAGGCACUACAAGUCGAGCUCACCGCUGCCUACAGUCCAGCUGCACCCACAGUCCCCCACUGCAGGCAAAAAGCACCAGGCCGUGCAGGACCUGCCCCCAGCCAACACCUUCGUGGGCGCUGGCGACAACAUCUCCAUCGGCUCGGACCAUUGCUCCGAGUACAGCUGCCAGGCCAGCAGCAAGUACAGCAAGCAGGUGGAUACAGUGCAGACUACGCAGCACCCUGGCCACAUUGAGGAAUCAUGUAAAAUGAAUCCGUUUCGUAGAGUGACGUUUUCUGUUGUGAGUCAGCCUCAGGACCCGCAUCAAGGGUCAUUGCAGAGUUGCUAUGACAGCGGUCUGGAGGAGUCAGAAACACCAAGCAGUAAGAGUUCAUCAGGGCCAAGACUGGGUGCCCUUCCACUCCCAGAGGACAACUACGAAAGGACUACGCCGGAUGGCAGUGUUGGUGAGGCAGAGCAUAUGGAAAAUGAUUCACGGCCUCUACCAGAUGUAGCCCUAACAGGGAAGUGCACCCGAGAAUGUGAUGAAUAUGGCCACUCAGACUCCUGCUGGAUGCCAGUCCGCACUUCUCCGGAGAGAAAGCAGAAGAGCCAGCCAAAACUCUCCACUUUCAUGCCUGUCGAUGAACGGGGCAGUCAGGAAAAGCUGGCCAAUGGAGAAGCCUCCCUCAUGGGUGAUCGCAACAGAAACCUCCUUAACAAAAAGUUGACCUCGUCCUAUGAGACCUUCAGUGCAGCUAGUUUCAGCAAAAAUGAAGAAGGCAAUCCAGAGGAUAUCCCCCUUACACAGACAGGGGAAUACAAGCCAUCUCCUGUCAAUACUCUAACUAGAAGAGAAGUUUACCUGUAGGCUAAAAAGCAGCAACAAAGUUCUUUCAUAAUAUAAGAAAGAAAUGGGGCAAAAGUCUUAAAAUCACAACAAUUUUAAGAAAAAUGUGAAACAAAAAAGAGGGGGCCACCAAAGAGACAAAAGAUCUGCCUGCCACUUCUGCCUCCAUAGCAGGCAUGUAAUUAUACUGUCUGCCUGACUAUACUGUACAAUGUAGAAAACAUUGUUGUUACUUGCAUGUCUAAUUCCCCCUCGCUGAUUUUUAUUUUCCUAGAUCUAUGGUUGCAAAUUCCUCCCAUAGUAGCGAGCUUGAUUAAAAAGAACACAACACACUGUUGUUUCCCCUCUGCAGAAGCAUGAACUAAGCCACUUAUUUUGUUUGUUUGUCAUCUGGCUUGUUGAGGAUAACAGGUCAGGGAAAAUGUAUUCAAAACAUACCAUCUGAAUAUUGCUGAUCCCCAUCAGGGACAAUCCUUCAGAAACCAUAAAGAUAUAGGAUAAAUAUAAAGGAAUAAUCAUUAAUAGGCACUUUGUGAAGACCACAGCUUUAAUAUUCUCACCUCUCAUCUGAGGCUGAAGCAACAGAAAUACAUUCAGCCUGAGACUGCAGUCAAAAACAUGGCAUACUUUCCUGUGAUUCAUGAACUCUGGUUCUGUUUUAUCCAUUGAACAAACAUGUCUUGCUGUGUCUCUUUCUCUCUUUCUCUCUUGUUCUCUGUAAUGAUUAUUUCAAUGUAAACACAAUUACUAACACUUAUGCCAUAGGAUAACAACGAUAAACUGUUGAAAUCAUUAUUUUGGGCAAGACUAACAUUUAGCUGGGAAGAUUGUAAUAACAAAAAGGCCAAAGAUCACAUAAUGGAUCAGGGGAACUGCUAAGUAUUGGGGCUUGACUUAGAAAAUAAAUGUAUUCACAAAAAAACACAUGUACUCAUAAUACAGCUUCAGUUACAUUCUAAGCAGCAGCACAGUUCACAAGCCCAGAUGACAAUUUUUUUUUCCAGUGUGGUUCAGUUGAAUGCCCAAAGGAACUGAUGCUUUUUAUUUUUUUUUUUUGUAAUGACAUGAUAUAUUGCAGCACAUGCUGCAUACAAUAUGCUGCAUAUGCUAGUUCCAGGGAAUUUUUAAGAUCAAAAUUAAAAUAUAAUAGUAGAAGAGAAGGCUAUGUUUGUGGGAAUGCUUGAUGGAGGGAAAAAGGUGGACAAUGGAAUAAUGCAGUAACAAGAGAACAUUACAACUUGGGUACAAAAGCUUCUUUUCAGAUUGUAAGGCACUGUUGCUAAGUCUGGCCAUCAGUGUUGCAACUUACCAACUGCAUCAAUUAUGUCAAAGAUGAUGAUAAUGAAAGCUUUGUUGAAACCAAGUGCAUUAAAACCAAGAGAAGUGCAAUACUAAACUAAAUGAUAUCAAGAUUCAGAACAUUUAGCGUUAGUAAAAAAUGGUCUGAUCAAUAGUGAUGUGAUACCUAGGAGGUCAAGAUGAGCUAAAAGGAGUCCAAGCUACUGUGAUAUACAAGAGCUGUAACAAUUCUCAUGGUGAGUGCUUCUUGAAAGGAAGAGGAAAUUAAACAGGGUUUUGUGCAAUAAAAGCAACAAAACAUGCAGAACAUCAACCAACUGCUUUGUAGUUGAUGCUGUAGUAAUAAUCACAGACCGAGCUCAGACAUUCAGACAAAAGUGACAAUCAAACAAACGCAGCAAGGACAGCUCAAGGAUGGAGAAAGCAUUCAGAUCCCUGCCUGUUGAACCUGGCGUGAAGGCAUGGCUAUAUGGUUCUCUAGUAACUGUAGUCAUAAUGUAGCUUUGGGUAGUUUCUUGCUUUGAAGAAUUGCAUAAAAAUAACCUUAAACAGCCUAAGGUAGAGGUUGGUAAAUCAAAACAACUCAUCACAUUUCCCUUUUGAAUUCACUUCUCCAUUUAGUGGGUUGUGCCAUUACUGGCCUUUUCAUUCUCCUCUAAAUUUUACUUUCUUCAAGUAACAUUAGUUCGUGUAUAGCAGUUAUGAUGAAUGGGCACAUUUUAGAAAGAAAAUAUUAAAAUCAAAGAUU